CCAGACCGGUCUCUGUUCCCUCUGGUCGGCCGCCAGCGUCUGUCUGCGCUCCGUCGGUGCUGCGGAGAAACAUCCUAUACCGAGGAGAGAGAUCAGCGGCGCUAUGCGGGCCGUCACCGUCUGCGCCCUGCUCGGAGCGCUGGCCGCCCAGAGCUCCACGAUGGAGUCUGGCCGGCGGCGGGCCGACUCGGCGCCGGCCGAGGAUCUCACCUGGUACCAGUACUACGCUCCCAGCGGCCAGCCCGCCGAGGGACUGGUGGCACAGGGAGACUACUUCACACUCAACGGACAGCAGUUCCAGAUUUUCAGCGGCGCCGUGCACUAUUUCCGGAUCCAUCCGGCGUACUGGCGCACCACGCUGCGCAAACUGCGAGCCGCCGGACUCAACACGGUCGAGACGUACGUCGCCUGGAACCUGCACGAGCCGCGAGUCGACGUGUAUGACUUUGGAGACGGAGGGAACGACAUGUCCGACUUCCUCGACCUGCCAGGUUUCCUAAGGAUCGCCCAGGAGGAGGAUCUGUUUGUGAUUCUCCGGCCAGGGCCGUACAUCUGUGGCGAGUGGGAGUUCGGCGCACUGCCCAGUUACCUGCUGCGCCAGUACGGUAUUCAUGUCCGCUCAGUGGACAAUUACUACCUGGGGCGCUUCGACAAGUGUUUGGUCAGCUGCUGCCGCAGGUCACUGACCUUCAGUUCACCAAAGGAGGACCCAUCAUCGCAGUCCAGGUAACAUUCGG